GUAUAUAUAGACCGUGGAUUUCCUCCAAAUCGAAGUUUCUUUUUUCUGUAUCAUUCAGAGCAUUCCUCACAAUUAGCAUCAGAAUCAAUUAAAUCUUCUGAGAUUCUCCACUGCAAUCCAUCGUCUUGACCGCAUCCGCUCUAUCAAUACAUCUGUUUCUACAUCCACAUCUACUACCAUCACUACUAUAACUACAACCAUAACAACCAUUGUUGAACAUCUACUCUCCACCAAAACCAAAAUAACACUCUCCAAAUUCGAUCCUCUGAAAUCCAAGAAAAUAUCCACUACAAUGGCCGCCUCCAAGACCUCCUUCGACACCGCCUCCACCUACUCUGUCUCCUCCACCGCAACAACCCUCAAGGGCGACGCAGCCAAGAAGAAGAAGUGGUUCUCGCUGAAGAAGAGCGACGAAUGCACCAAGUCCAUGCCCAAAUACAAGCCUGCUGAGCGGGCCGCCGAACGGGCUCUGCACAACGAGGCCGUGCUCGCAUACCUCUCCAACCGGUGAUCGGAAUCGCGAUCGACGGUGAACUCCGAAUUGGAAUGUUUGGGGGGGG